UGCGGCUCCAUCUGCUGGAGCGUGGGUAGGAUGAGAAGAGUGAUCGCUUGAAGAUCAUGUCUGACACUGCAGAGUCUCCAACGGAACCACAAAAAGAAGAGCCGCAGCAAGCGACAGAUUCUUCCGCAUCUAACGAAGACAAGAAAAAAAUUGAUGUGCUGUUGAAAGCGGUGGGAGACACUCCUAUAAUGAAAACAAGGAAGUGGGCAAUGGACCGGGGGAGGACAGUGCAGUCACUAUCUCAGUUCAUUUCUCGCUUCCUCAAGUUUGAUGCUAAUGAGCAACUGUUCAUCUAUGUUAACCAGUCUUUUGCUCCAUCACCAGAUCAAGAAGUAGGAGUUCUUUUUGAUUGUUUCGGCAGCGAUGGCAAACUAGUUCUACAUUACUGUAAAUCUCAAGCCUGGGGUUGAUGAACCUGCUUGAUGUUCUCUUUAAUUCAUCCCUUAAGCUUAAAUGUUUUUGUUUUCCUCCUUUUUUG